UAAACCACGUCAUCCCCAACUCAUCCCCGCUCUUUUCCCCAACAAACAUAACGGCCACAAAACCUUCCUCUGACAUCAACAACUGAACAACUGGAUCAUCUUCUUCAAGAUGCUGAGUGCUACAACCAUUACUAGUAGUACCACUACCAGAGCCGCCGCCGCCAUUUCUUUCGCUUCAAAUUCUCUCUCCAAAACCCUAAUUUCUUCCAAUUUCAUCACCAAUUCAAGAAAUCUCUCCUCCUUUUCCCGCCAAUCUCUCAGUUUUCUCGCCCUCAGAUGUUACAGCAGCAGGAAUUCUAACUUUAAUACUCGGAAAAUGUCGUCGAAUUUCUCUGUUCGUGCUUCGGCUCAGCAAUUGAAGAAUCCUGAUGAGCUCAUUGAUUCCGUUGAAACCUUCAUUUUCGAUUGCGAUGGUGUUAUAUGGAAAGGGGAUAAGCUGAUUGAUGGUGUCCCAGAAACACUCGAUAUGCUUCGGUCAAAGGGAAAAAGACUGAUAUUUGUUACCAACAAUUCAACCAAGUCUAGAAAGCAAUAUGGAAAGAAGUUCGAGUCACUUGGGCUUAGUGUCAGUGAGGAGGAAAUUUUCGCGUCUUCUUUUGCUGCUGCUGCAUACCUCAAAUCGAUUGAUUUCCCGAAAGAUAAGAAGGUCUAUGUAAUUGGUGAAGAAGGCAUCCUGAUUGAGCUUGAGCUUGCUGGAUUUCAAUCCGUUGGUGGUCCGGAAGAUGGCAGUAAGAAAAUAGAACUGAAGCCUGGUUACUUGAUGGAGCACGAUGAAAGUGUUGGUGCAGUUGUGGUUGGAUUUGAUCGAUACUUCAAUUACUACAAAGUCCAAUAUGGAACACUAUGUAUCCGUGAAAAUCCUGGGUGUCUCUUCAUUGCUACAAACCGUGAUGCUGUUACUCAUCUUACAGAUGCUCAGGAAUGGGCAGGUGGUGGUUCAAUGGUUGGUGCUCUUUGCGGAUCUACUCAACGAGAGCCCCUUGUUGUAGGGAAGCCCUCCACAUUUAUGAUGGACUAUGUAGCAAAAGAGUUUGGGAUUUCCAAGUCCCAAAUAUGCAUGGUCGGGGACAGAUUGGAUACUGACAUACUGUUCGGCCAGAACGGUGGCUGCAAAACGCUCCUUGUUUUAUCAGGUGUGACUAGUUUGGAAACGCUUCAAAGCCCCAACAACUCUAUCCAACCAGAUUUCUUCACUAACAAGAUAUCGGAUUUCCUUUCACUUAAAGCUGCAAGUGUAUGAGCAUCAGCAUCAUUGUGGGGUUUGUUUUAUCAAGUGAUGCAGGUUUAGGAGCAAUAAGUGAACACCAAAAAAACCGACGUAUAAGAAAUAUAUAUAGGUGAAAUUGCGCAUCAUAUAUGGUUCGAGACUUCCAGCUGAAUUUUCAGGCACAGGAGGUUUCCACAUUCCACAUUCCACAUUCCACAUUCCAGGGGAAAGCUGCUCAAAGUCUAGCAGUGUAGUUUACCAGUCAAUUGUUACUAUUUUUUUUCAUUUUCACUUGUAUGUUCAACAUCUUCUUCAUUGUUCACAACCUAAUCCAUUGGCGGAUUUUGGUAAAUAAACCACAUUUAAUCUAUUAUAGAUCGGGGGGAUUGUUGUAUAAACUUGUCCGAAAGGUUGUUUUGUUCGACACUCGAAAUCAAUUGGAAAGAGGUUUGCUAAAUUGCAAGUUGGUGUAAGCACUCUUUUUGUUUUGAACUCCAAUAAUCUUUUAUAAUAAUCACAUUUUAUUUCAAA